GGAUCGCCGCCGCCAGCAAAUUAAGGCGCAGGGCUACAAGCUCCCAGGCGCAGUGUCUUCCGCGGCUUGCCGCGCUCAGGCUUCCUGGCGUCCGCCCCUUCUCAGUGUCGCUCCGCCGGUCCCCAACAUCCUGCAGCUUGGGUUGUCCCCAGCGGGGGAAGGGAGGAAGGACCGGAGGGGGUGCUGCGGGACCUCUGGUCUUUGCGCAGCUGAUGCUCGUCACCAGCUUCCAGCAGCGCAGACCGUGGUCCUGCCGGGCGUCCCGGUGCUUGCGCACACGGUUGAGCCUGCGGUUGGUCUUCUCCCGCCCUCUCCGGCUAGUUCGAAGUCUCUGCGGCUCCAGGACUUUGCGGUGGGGGAGAGAAAGGAGAGGCCAGUGUGGAGCUCUUAGGAGAUUGGGGCUGACUCAUCUGGAGUCCCCGGCUGCGCAGUGAUUGCACUCGGAAACUUUGCGCUGUGUCUCGGUCUUUGUCUCCUUUGGGGAAGCUGGACAGCAGUUCGGCAGGCCCCGUCCCUAGCCAGGACCCCGUACUGGAGGCCAUGGAGUUCACGGCGUCGCCCAAGCCCCAGCUCUCCUCCCGGGCCAACGCCUUCUCCAUCGCCGCGCUCAUGUCCAGCGGCGGUUCUAAGGAGAAGGAGGCCGCAGAGAAUACCAUCAAACCCCUGGAACAAUUUGUGGAGAAGUCAUCCUGCACCCAGCCCCUCGGCGAGCUGACCAGCCUGGAUGCUCACGGGGAGUUCGGUGGCAGCGGAGGCUCCAGCAGCCCAGCCUCCUCCUCGCUGUGCACGGAGCCGCUGAUCCCUACCACCCCCAUCAUUCCCAGCGAGGAAAUGGCCAAAAUCGCCUGCAGCCUGGAGACCAAGGAGCUCUGGGACAAAUUCCACGAGCUGGGCACGGAGAUGAUCAUCACCAAGUCUGGCAGGAGGAUGUUUCCUACCAUCCGAGUGUCAUUUUCGGGCGUGGAUCCGGAGGCCAAGUACAUAGUCCUGAUGGACAUCGUCCCCGUGGACAACAAGAGGUACCGCUAUGCCUACCACCGGUCCUCCUGGCUGGUGGCUGGCAAGGCGGACCCACCGCUGCCAGCCAGGCUGUAUGUGCAUCCAGACUCUCCUUUUACUGGCGAGCAGCUACUCAAACAGAUGGUGUCUUUUGAAAAGGUGAAACUCACCAACAAUGAACUAGAUCAACAUGGCCAUAUAAUAUUGAACUCAAUGCAUAAGUACCAGCCACGAGUGCAUAUCAUUAAGAAGAAAGACCACACGGCCUCAUUGCUCAAUCUGAAGUCUGAAGAGUUCAGAACGUUCAUCUUCCCAGAGACAGUUUUUACAGCAGUCACUGCCUAUCAGAAUCAGCUGAUAACCAAGCUGAAAAUAGAUAGCAACCCUUUUGCCAAAGGAUUUCGGGACUCCUCCAGGCUCACUGACAUUGAGAGGGAAAGUGUGGAGAGCCUGAUUCAAAAGCAUUCCUAUGCCCGCUCACCCAUCCGGACCUACGGAGGAGAAGAAGACGUGCUGGGGGAUGAGGUUCAGACAACACAAAAUCGAGGAUCAGCGUUUACAACAUCCGAUAAUUUGUCUCUCAGCUCCUGGGUAUCGUCUUCAUCCAGUUUUCCCGGCUUUCAGCACCCACAGUCCCUGACUGCCCUUGGUACCAGCACAGCAUCCAUAGCGACCCCCAUUCCUCACCCCAUCCAGGGUUCUCUGCCGCCAUACAGCCGACUUGGGAUGCCUCUGACCCCCUCAGCCAUUGCCAGCUCCAUGCAGGGGAGUGGCCCAACGUUCCCCUCCUUCCACAUGCCCCGGUACCAUCACUACUUUCAGCAGGGGCCCUACGCUGCUAUCCAGGGACUGCGCCAUUCCUCAGCUGUGAUGACACCAUUUGUAUGACUCUCCUAAGAACAGGGGACUCCAGGUCCACCAUAUGCAAAUGGGUAUGGAGUAUUGGGCAGGGUUGGGUGGACAGGAUGUGGGGUGUUGGAGCGGGGGCUCUCCAGGAGACAUGGAACCCACUGAGAGGAGAGCUGGACUCACCAUAAAACUGACUGCUGAGGAAAUGCACCAUGGACCAGGAUUCAUCUGGGGUUGUAGGGUAGCUCUUGGGUUUGAGAAAGAAUCAGUGUCAAGUUCUCAGCCAGCCUAAGUCCUGCAACUUAAAAGGGUAUCAACGUACCCAGCAAGUUUAAUAAUACAAGGCAGAUGAAUCAAAGUGCAUUAUUCCUAGUGGUCCAGAACGCUGUGUCGAUGCAGUAAUGUAUAAAAUCAACGUGUAUAGGUUUUCUUUCUGCUUUCCACAGGUUAGAAGAAUCUUCAAAGAGGCAAUACUAUGUAACAUACCAACCGUAAUGCAUAAUGACUAACUGAAGUCCAUUUCUCCCUGUAGAAAAUGAGAGCCAAUAGCGAAAUAGUUGUACUGCUGUAGCUUAAGCAUGCUUACUUUUCCUUUGUGUCAGUUUGCUGGGGAAGGAGCUGAGUGCUAAUGCAUCCUAUUUUGCGGAUGAAUAGUGGUUAUGACUUCACAAUGUUCUUUUUGUAAUACUGGCUGGCUAGUACCGGACAAGCUCUUUUUCAGUCUAAUCUCCUUUCUUCCUAUGUCUCUUUCUUGCAAUCACUAGCCAUUGAUGUAAGGAAAAUCUUCUAUUUACAAUUUUGAAGCAAGAGACUCUCUAUGUUACAUUGUAAACCUGAGGGUUUAUUUUCCUGGGCUGCGUUCUAAAUACACUACUGAUUUAUUCACUGGGGAACACUCUAAAGCCUCUACAUGAUAACAUGUGAAGCUUUCUUUCACUUACAGCUGCAAUAAAAAGAUGGCUGCCCUCUGCCCUCUUCUGAAAGGAAUUUCUCUGCCAUGGGCGCCAAGGGUCUCUUCAUUUUUACUUCAGCUUUGGGAGACCUUAUGGAUGUUAAAAAUGCACUGGGCCAAAUUCUCAUUUUUGGUAAAUCUGCUUUGUUGAUAGAUUAGCUGCUACUGCUGAUUGACAAGACUUUGUGAGCGGACGUUCUAAAUGCCUGUAUAGCCAUUUAACCUAUCCUCAUGAUGAGUAUAUUUCAUGUAUCUGAAUCAUCCUUUUUUCUUACUGUUACAUUCAGUGACUCCUUCGCCGUUUUCCUAGCCUGUUGUAUGAAAUUACAUGUUAAUUCAAUGACUGAAACAUUAACAGUGCUUAUAAGUAAAUCUAAAACAUUUAUCCACUUUAUUUUCAGCUCUUGCUGUCUU